AUGCAAGCCUCACGGUCUGCUUUGAAGAAAGAAAAUCCGUUGGGAAUGGAUGUAAUGUCAUCUGAAGAAUAUGCUUCGCAGUCUAAGUUACUGCUAGAAUUCACCAAUGUCCCAAGCAUUGAAAGUGCUUGGCUUUUCAAAACCAACAAUGAAGACAGAUCCACAGCGAUGUUUUCCAUUAGUCAACCGGACCUGCUGGCGAACAACAAGAGGAAAUAUAUUUUGCAUUCUCAUAUUGUGACACAUAAAACCAUGCCCCUCGAGUGCCAUUGGUCUCCUUUCCCUAUUGAAAUGACUGGAGUGUCGGUUGUUCCAUCCCCUUCGGGGUCAAAGCUUCUCGUGGUGCGGAACGGGGAGAAAGGUUCGCGUACGAGACUUCAGAUUGUUAAUCAAUCACAUGUGGAGAAAGAGAUACAUGUUGACUGGUCUAUCCAUGGUCCACUUUAUACCGAUGAGUGGUUUCAAGGGAUUUCCUGGAACCAUGAAGAGACCUCCAUAGCGUACAUCGCCGAACAGCCACCUCAACCGAAACCAGCUUUCGACGAUGCCGGAUACAGAAAGGAAAUCUCUUCUGAGGAAGACUGUAAUAACUGGAGAGGACAGGGGGAUUGGGAAGAGGACUGGGGUGAAACUUACUCCAGAAAGGGGAGACCCUCAUUGUUUGUUCUUGAUAUUGCUAGUGGAGAAGUACGUGCUGCUAGAGACGUCACAAAAUCAUUGAGUGUUGGUCAAGUUGUUUGGGCUCCACCAUCUUCAAGCGGCCAUCAGAAGCUUUUGGUCUUCGUGGGAUGGUUAGAACACAACGGGUUUCAGAGCACCGCUAGAAAACUCGGCAUCAAGUACUGUUCUAACAGGCCAUGUUCUCUCUAUGCAACUCAUUCCCCUUUUGAAGAAGAACCAAAUGCCGAUAACGCGUCGGUUAGUGGUAGCGAAUCAGUAUCUGCUUCAGUAGCAACCAACUUAACCCCAGGCAUGAGCAGCGCUUUAUUUCCACGGUUCAGCAAGGAUGGAAAACUCCUGGUGUUUCUAUCUUCGAAACGUGCAGUAGAUACUGGAGCACAUAAUGCCACAGAUUCGCUGCAUAGAAUCAACUGGCCUUCUGAUUGGAAAGCAGACCAACAACUCAGCGUGACCGAUGUGGUUCCUGUUGUAAUGUGCCCCCAAGAUGGAUGUUUUCCUGGACUAUACUGCUCAUCCAUGCUGUCUGAUCCUUGGCUUUCUGAUAAUUGUACGAUGGUAUUAACAUCUACUUGGAGAAGUACUGAAGUGAUACUGUCAAUAGAUGUGUUAAGUGGGGAAGUAACCAGAAUAAGUCCAGAAGACUCAGGUUACUCAUGGAGCGCCCUUGCAAUAAAUGGCAACAAUGUCCUCUCUGUGUCGAGCAGUCCCAUCGACCCUCCUCAAAUCAGGUAUGGCCGUCGAGCGUCAACAGAGGAUCAUGGUACACGCGCAUGGGUCUGGGACGAAGUUACGAGCCCGUUGACAGCAGCCAGUAACAAGAUAAAGGCUUUGUUAUCUCAUCACAAGUUGAGCAUACUCAGAGUCCCGGUCCCUAACCUCUCUGAUGAUCUCUCUGACGGUGGUCGGCUUCCAUUUGAGGCCAUCUUUGUGUCCUGCGAGGAUAGUUCACAGAAACCAACUGUUUUAAUCCUUCAUGGUGGCCCACACUCAACAUCUGUAUCAAGCUAUUCGAAAUCGUCGGCGUUUCUUGCGUCACUUGGGUUUAACCUGCUUAUUGCAAAUUAUAGAGGUACCCUGGGUUACGGAGAGGAGGCUUUGCAAUCACUCCCUGGGAAGGUUGGAUCUCAGGAUGUCCAAGAUUGUCUUGCAGCACUAGACCACGUGAUCAAGGAAGGGCUGGUGGAUGCAUCCAAAGUAGCAGUUGUCGGGAUCUCGCACGGCGGCUUCUUGACAACCCAUUUAAUCGGCCAGGCUCCUGAGAGAUUUGCUGUGGCGGCGGCUCGAAACCCGGUCUGUAACCUGUCACUGAUGAUUGGCACCACAGACAUCCCAGAUUGGUGCUACGCCGUGGCCUGCGGGACUCAAGCGAGGCGUCUCGCCUCUGAAUCACCUUCACCUGACCACCUUCAAAUCUUCCACCAGAAAUCACCGAUUGCCCAUAUUUCAAAAGUGAAAGCGCCUUUGCUUAUGCUUCUUGGAGGAGCAGAUCUCCGGGUACCCGCUUCCAAUGGCCUACAGUAUGCAAGGGCUCUGAGAGAAAGAGGAGGCGAGGUCAAAACCAUCAUGUUCCCAGAGGAUACGCACGAAAUCGCGGUCGGACUUCGAGAGCUUCCUCAACAUGGGAGUCUGGUUCAAGAAAUAUCUGAAACAGAUCUGAGCCAGAGAUUUCGAGGGCUUCCUCAACAUAGCCAGAUAACUUGA